AUGCGGUCUUCAAAAGAAGCCAAGCCCUUGCCUCCACCUAAAGACCACAUACCGUCGGCGGAAUCCCUUGAGCCUGCCAUGGAUGGACCACCUUCGCCCGAAGGUAUACGUGCCUAUACGGAGCAGAUGAAGAGGAGCUCAAUUUUUGGUAACAACUCUAGAACGAAUACACUCACUUCAUCUACGGCUUCCUCUCGCUCACGCGAGUCCUCUACGGAUAACCCGGUCCUGUCUCGACAGCUAUCAGCAAGAUCGAGAGGAACCACCAUGCCUUCUGCCUGGGAUAGGCCUGAAAGCAUCCAAAUAUUUGGGAAGUCAAUAUUCUCUCGAAGAAAGAAGAGGGACACACAUGGAGACAAUCUUCAUGGACGUUCGGCAUCAUCACUUGCGAUCGGGGAGGAUAUCAGACGGGAAGCAUCGGCAAAGGAUCGUUACCACGGCGGCCAUUCUCGUCGCGGAACUAUGACAAGUUCUCAUGAACCUCGAGCGCGACAUUAUAUUUCCAGUCCAUUCAACUUCCAGCAUGUCACCCAUACGCGACACACUCAUUUACCAAACCUGCAAAGAACUACGCAUAUGGAGUUGUUAUCGGAGUUCUCUGCCAUCCGAGCUUCACAGGCGCCGUCCCAUGGUGAAUUGAAAGGCAUAAGGGCACAAGAUUUGCACUUCGAGAAUUUCUCUUCCGAGACGCUGACUGCCCCAUCAAUGCCCUCAGAAGAGUCUGAUAUCCAGCCACAACGCGAACGCAUCAAGCAUGCUCAAUCACAUGACAAUUUGAGAUCAUCCCGGUCCUCUUUAUCCCCGAGUUGCCCAGUCGCUCUACCUGCUAGGACAUCUUCUCGGACAGCCUCGGUUCUUCUGGAAACAUUCGAUCCGUUAGCAACCACCACCAUUGAGCGGCCACAGACGAAUUGUGGCUUUCGGAAACCAGCGCCAUUUGGAUUACUGACACCACCACCACCACAACAAAGCACAUGGAGUGAGCAGCAAGAGUACUUUGCCGAGCGACCAGCGUCACAUGCCGUGACAACACCCGGGGAUGAGGCGUGGCCAUUGGCCUCGUCGCCAUCCGGAACCUUUGGAGGAACUGAGCUUACCGAUGUGCAAGAGGAAGAGGAAGAUUUAGCAACGAGACGACGGUCAAGGAUAUCCUCCGUAAGCGGAGAAUUGAAAGCGUCUCAAUCCGUUCCAGCGCUUCGGCUCAAAUCUCAGGCUCAAGAGACUCUCUCCAACGAAUCGGAUGCCGCUUCUAUGGUACCACCGCCAUCAGCUGGAUUAGAUUCGUGGGACAACGCUAUUGACUACGCUUACGAUCACGAGGCUGAGGCCGAUUGCGAUUAUCAAUGGGAGCGUCACUCAAUUGAUGAAGAUGACAAUACUACCACUACUGAUGCAAGCCAAUCAACCAAUGCUGAACAGCCGGCGUUGGAUCUCCACCUAGAGGAUGACAACCAGUCCAUCUAUCAUGGUCGUUUUAGACCUUCCCUUCUCGUCCCUUCCUCCUUGGAGAUCCCUGAAUUGUCCCCAAUGUCCAAUAUCUCCGCAGCUUCAUCUGACCCCCGUACACCAUCUAACUUUCUUCGGCCAAAUCAUUCUCGUUCACCGUCCCACGCAUCUUCUUUCAAGGAAUCCCAUGGUUUUCAUUUGUCGCCAUCAUUACUUAUCCCGAACGACUUCCAAUCUCAGAUGGAUCAAGAAGCACUAUACGAAGAGCAUUAUAACAGUAACGCUACUUCUGCAUCGAUGUUCGUGCCGGAGCCUUGCAGCUUUUCUCCUAUAGAUGAAAUUACUUCAAGCACCGCGUCAUAUCGCUCCUCAGAGUUCUCUCGACGUUCAGCACGAAGUUCGUCCAGCACUCGAACUUCUGCCCCCACCUCCAGGGGUAGCCAAGAUUCUAUCAUGCUGCUUAGUUGUUCUGGAAGCCUCGAUCAACUGCACCGCAGUUCAUCAUCCUCAUUGCCAGAUCUUACUCCUGCUAUGCCGCGCAAGUUUGAGAAGACUCAUGCCCUCACCGCGAGCGUCAGUAUGUUGAACUUGGAAGAAAGAUAUGACCCCGGCGAAGCUGCAGCACCGGGUCCAGAUGUAAAUGAUGUGCCAUCUAUGCGGCACCGACGAUACAAAAGUCUUAUGCAAGAGCAAGUUCCACGAAGCGGUGGCAAUCGCUCUGCGCUACCGCCGAACCUUCUCAAUGAAAAGGAUCACGUUGAUCUGAGCCCAGUAGCGGAAUCGUUCAUUAGUCCUCCGAAAGAGACGACUGGAUUUGCACACGGUAGAAACAUCUCGGCGCCUGUUCUGAGCACAUUUGUUGGUGCAGUUCCGCCCCGUGCUAGGGCUGCCUCAACCGUUGGAGGUGCAGUACAUCGACCUAGCGAUAAGAAAAGGGGCAGCUAUACGCUAUUUCCACAAGUUUGA